AUGUCUCUUCCAUUGAAACCGAUAUCAAUUGAUAUUAAUGCUAAAAAAUUGAGUUCAGUUCAAAAAAAAUAUAACCAUAAUAUCACGAAAGCGUUAGAGAACUUUGAUUAUGUUACAGAAUGGGCAGAUUAUAUUGCCAGUUUGGCUAAAUUAUUGAAAGUAUUACAAUCGAUUCCAGUCAAUAAUUCCACAGAUGAGAUUGCCAUACCGCAACCUUAUCAGAUCAGCAAAUGUUUAUGUUCAUCACUAUCUUCGGAUCUCCCGGCAGGGGUGCAUCAAAAGACGUUGGAAGUUUAUAUGUUCAUAUUUAAAAGAAUAGGUGUUGAUACAUUAGCUGCUGAAAUUAACAUUUGGAUUAGGGGUAUAUUAUCACUCAUGACCCAUGCAGCACUGUCGGUUAAAAUUCCAUUGAUUGAGGUAUAUGAGAAAUAUUUAAUAUGUCUUCCUUCAAGAACAUUGAAAAUAAUAAUUAAACCAUUGUUAUCGAGUUUAUUGCCUGGAAUUGAUGAUGAUAGUAGUGAAUUUCAAUCUAGAAUUAUUAAAUUAAUAGAAACACUAAAAGUAAAUCUUGAUGAUGAUUCACUUUUUUGGCAAUCACUAUAUUUAAUAAUGAUUACUGAUAAAGAACGGAGAUUAGGGGCAUUGGUAUGGUUAACAAAAAAAUUUCCAUCCUUAAAUAUUGCUUUGAAUGAAGAUGAGAUCUUUACUUCAGUGAAGAAUCAGGAAGAUUUAAAUUUCAAUACGAAAAGAAAGUUGAUUACAAAUAAAUUACCUGAAAAUAUUAAAGAAGUCAUAUAUCCUGAAUCGGCUUUACUUAUCCGCGCAUUAGUCUCAUGCUUAGAGAGUUAUAACGAUACCUUGGUUAAAAGAGGUAUACUUGAUUUACUUUUACAGCGUAUUCCAUUAAAUUCUGUGGUAUUAUCAUACAUAAUUACACCAAGUGAGAAAAGAUUGCUGAUCAUUUCAUGUUGUAAGAUUACAUUGAACAAAGAUAUGUCCUUAAACAGAAGAGUUUUAAGUUGGUUAGUAGGACCUGCUAUGACAGUUACUAUUUCUAAUAAUAUAAAAGAGAAUAGCCAACAAAACUGUGAGAAUAUUGAACGAAUUAACAAUUCUAGCGAUUAUUUUUACAAAUAUGGAUUUGAUUCAUUAAUGAGUGGGCUAAAAAUGUUACUUUCGAAAGAGAAUGAUAUAAUCAGUCUUCUUAAUAUUCUUAUAAUUCUAAUGGAUAGGUGGGAAAUGGGAACAACAAUUGUACCUAAUAUAUUUAUACCUUUGUUCUUAUCGAUACAAAAAUUUUCUCAAAAUUUAAACAUUCUUUUAUUGGCAAAUACCUUUUUUGAUAUGAUCGAGACAAACAUUAUAUGGGGAAAAAUUUAUGAAUACUUUCUUGAAACAAAAAAUAUGUCUUUCUUGGAUUUUAUUCUUAAAGAAUUUAAUGUAUCACAAGAUGAAGAAAUUAUUGUACGACAUUUGCCCCUAGUCCUAUUAUCAAUAAUCUAUAUUGAAGAUGGCUUCUCGGAAGAAACUUCCGACGUCAACAGUUAUAGCGUUUGCCACAGAAUUUUAAGCAUCAUUCCAGAAAGGGCAUUCUUACCAUUGAAUACCUGUUCAUAUGCAAACCUUGAAACUUAUAAAAAUGAUGAACUUAUAACUAAAAUCAAAGACUACUACACGUUAAUAUCAAAUCCACUUGAAAAUAAUGACGGUGAAUCAGAUACCCAAAUUGAUCCCGUAUUUAAUGCAUCUGAUUCGACAUAUCUGAUAUUCAAGGGGUGUCGAACUAAGUUAUUGGAAAGUCUAAAAUCUAAUAUUAAUGUUAUAGACUCCUCUGAAAUAUUUGUCAACCUAUUCGAAAAAAUACCAAAUUCGUCGGAUAAUGAACUUGCUACUGAACAAUUAUUGUUAAAUCAUUCCUUUAUUGAAACUAUUAUGAAUGUUGCAACCAAGGAUGACCUAAGUUCAAAAUCAUUGCAUGGUAUUACUAUUUUGUUCACCAGAUAUUUAUGGAAUUCCAAUUCCUUAGUAGAGUCAUUAAAGAUCCUAAAAGUCUUAGUUGAGGCAAUGUGGAAAUAUUUUUUACAGCCUGAUAGUCGUGAUGAUGCGAUGAAAGAUAUAAUAUUAUUAGAAAGAAACUUAAAACCUGAAUAUGUCCAAGCAGUUUUAGCCAGUUGUUUUCAAAAGGAACAAGAUAUUACUGAUAAAAUAAAAAUCAUGGAAUUAUUUUGGAAUAAUUUUGAAAAAAACUCUACUAUUUUAAACAGACUGUUGGAAAUGUUACUAGACGAACUAUUGGAUGAGCAAAGUCCAAAUUAUUUAUAUGUUUCUAGAUGGGUUCAAAAAACACUAAAAACUGAUUCAUUGAAUAAGAUCUUUGAGCAUCUAUUGAAAAAUAUUGUGAGUUUUAAAUUUUUCGAGAAUAAGAUCAUUUCUGAAAUAGAUGACUUGGACAUGUUCACUUAUAGAAUUCAGGUAAUUACGGCAGUGUUGAGAACAGACAAGCAUGCUUUACUAAAGCAUAUUUCGAAACAUACAAUUGAUCAAUUACUAUUGGACUAUGGUCAGAAAGAGAGUAUUAGUUCUUACAAGAAUUUCCUAUUAAAUGUUAUAAUCAAAUUCCUGAAAGUUGAUAACAAUCAUCAUUCGAAUAGCGUUAGAAGUGCUUUAGUACUUCUAGACCUAAUACUAGAUGGUAGCGAAUUUAAUUUUAAAGAAAUUAUUGUGGAAUUGAUGGAAUUAUCUUCAAAAUAUAUAGAAGAAAAAGGAGUUGAAUCUGAAACUAUAUCAGUAUCUUUAUUGAAUAUUGUUUCAAAAGUUUUAAAGCUAUCUCAUGCAAAUGGCAUGGCUCUUGAUACAUUUGAUGGGACUUCUACACACGGAAGCUAUAUGGAUUUUCUGAUGAAAAUAAUAAAUCAUAUGGAUGGUCCUAUCAUUAUUCCAUCGUAUAUCAAGUUGGUCUCUGAAAGUAUAAGUUAUAUUGAACAUGAUAUCUUUAAAUAUUUACUGCCAAUGACAAAUUGUUUCAUAGAUAAAUGUAGAACUAAUCUGAAAGAAGAGCAAACAAAUAAUGGCUUUUAUGAAUCAAUCUCCGUGAUACUAAAUGGACUUGAAGAACUGAUAGAGCUUUCUCAUGGUUAUUUAUUGGCAGAUGAAAGAGAAGGUUUGUUCUCUCAAUCAAAUAAUAAGGGAGAUUUUUUGCAAUCCAUUGUGACUAAUGUGUUUUCUGGUGAAGCAUCUGAGCAUGAAACGACUUUGCAUUCUGAGAAACUAGUUGUUUUGCAAUCAAUACAACAGAUUGUAUUAUUUGCUGUUGAUGCUUGGUGUUGGACUAACGAUAUAAUUAUGAAAAAUGAUAAAUUAUUUCAUAAGAACAGUAUAAUCUUUAAAUUUAAAUUUAGGAUAAAAAUUAUAUUGGAAAAAUUAUUUCUCCUUGAACCACUCGAAGUGUUAGAGAAUAUUCUAUCCACCUACAGUGAAUACUAUACGUUAUCUAUUAUCCAAACAUUAGAUGGAAAUAAACCUAAUAUCACUCUUCCUCAUUUGUUCAACAGUAUUAUUUUAAGAGAGAAUCCGAGUAAUGUGAUCAAAUUUUCUAAUACUUCAUCAAUUACAAAAAACAAUACAUCUCGUAAUAACCAGAAGAUUGAUUCAUCCAUGAAAAAUAGAGUAACGUGUAAUGAUUUGGUUUUGUUCCUAAUUGAAUACCUUAAAACUAUGGAAAAUGCGUCUAUGGAAGAAAUUUAUAACAAUUUAGUCUUAUUUUUGAAAGAAAUCAGUUCCAAUUCGCCGCAUUACUCGGAUAUCUCUAUUAAUUUGUUGUUAUUCAUAGCCAUUUCUGAAGAAAAGUUAGAGAAGACAAAAUUUGGUGAACAGAAGAAUAUUAGGAAGGAAUUAUCUGACAUAUUCAUAAAAUUUAUAACAAUUUGUAUGGCAAAUUUGCAGAAAAGUGAUCUAAGAGAUUUGAAUGAAGAAAGUAAAAUUAUUCAGAUGGUUGUUUCUAAAUUGAAAUAUUGUGUCAAUGAUGUAGCAGGCUCAGAUAAAUAUAAUAACAUUUUACAAAUGAUUAUUACCUGUUGUAUAACACCAUCUGUCAAAAGUAUGGUUGAAAAUGAAGUCCAGACAGAUAUAUUGGAAUUAUGUCGUGAAAUUUCAACUCAAAAUCCUAAUUUGAAAUCCUGGAAGGCAAUGUUUAAUGAUAUUUUGAUGAGUGAUAAGAAAUUUCCAAAAAUUAUUGUUAAUCAGUUAUGGCGUGAGAUAUUUUUUAACUGGUCUCAAUAUCCUGAAUUUAAAACAAAAUUGAUUCCAGAAAUCAUAGCUCUGAUAGAGGCUAAAAAUAUGACAAUAACUCCAACAAUCAUUAAUUUCGGAUCAUCGAAUGCUUCUGAACUUAAGUGCAAAAUAUUUCACUUCUUAAGAAUAGCGUUCUUGUUAGCAAUAGCUCCUAUUGAUAAUUACUUGGUGAACUUUAAAGAUAUGUUAACAUUAGUUUUGAAUUAUAUUGAAUUGAAAAAUGAUGAAAUUAGAUCUAUGGCUUGGCUUCUCUUAAGAGUCAUGUUAAUGAAAUUCUCUAAUUCUCAUUUCAUGAAUCACUGGAACAACAUUACUUUUGCUUUACAAAUUCAGAUUCAAGAAUUUUAUGAAAAGCUUCGUUUCCAAGAAAAAAUUAACUCUAAGUUAGUAUUACAGGAAUGCAAAACUUUAGACUUACUUUUGACAUUAAACAUAGAAGAUUUUUCUUCGACAAAUAAUUGGUUAUUUAUCAUUGAUACAAUAGAUUGUUUUAAGAAAACUAACAGUUACGUAUCUUUAAUCGAUGAAAUAGCCGAUUUAAAAGAUUUUAGUAAUUCAAAUAAUAGUGAUAUUAAACUUGAAAACGAAUCUGAAAUAAUGAGAAAACCAUUAUUGAAUGGUAUUCACGGAAUAACUUCAUAUACUCAAUUAAAGAAUUUCUUUUUGGAGUUAAGCUAUUUAAAUUAUGAAUCUAUCUUUAGUUUGAAUAUUUGCGACACAGAGGCAAUUGAAAACGAUAUGUUUCAAGACAUAUAUUAUGAAAUCCAAAGUAAUGUAUAA